CCGCGCGUUCGAUGUUUUGUGCGACCUCAAAUGCUGCACAGGUUCCCGACGUCAACGAAGCAAGUGCAUAUACUUUCUUUUUAAUUUUUGAAGCACGCAAACCUUCGAAUACAACAUGCCCACCCUAUCAUCGAUCCUCCUAGGCAUCCAAGCCAUCCCUAUCACGCUCUUCGGAACAAUAAUCCUGUAUAACCCCGCGAAAGCAGGAUUCGCAGAUGUCCAUCUUUCGGUCUCGCAUAUUAUCGGUUUCUCUUCCCUUUCCCUCGGCACCGCAUAUGCACUGGCAGCGCUCCAACCUCUGAGAACAAGACACCAAUUCCUACUUACAUCAGCCCCGCUGAGAUUCGUGGCCGCCUGUUUUUUUUUGAGUGAUGGAAAUGAGGCGAGGGGUGCACCGAUUUGGGAUUUUGCGAAUGCAGGACUGGCGCUUGUGGUAGUGGUUUGGGAGAGGUUGAUGAUGUGAAGAUAAGACGGGAUGGGAGGGGGACGUUUAGGGUUUAAUGGAGAAAAGCGCUGUAUAUCACGUGAAUAUCACGUGUAUUUCCAGUUACAACUAACCGCGGAAGAUUGAGCCUGCUAGGCUAUUGAGACUUCGCCGUAAUCGCUACUGGAUUCAUUGUUAUCUUUGCUUGCGAGAUACACUAUCU